AUGAGUACAGGACAACGACCACUUUCGGAAGUGAGCCCUAUGGCACAACGUCGCAACUCUCCAAGUUGGAGCCAGAGCACUAGGACUAUGAAGAAUGCCGAAUCCUCACCAUAUGAUUCUGCGUCAUCCACCCGUCUCUUCUGGCAAGGCCGUGAAUCAUCUCCUUUCCAGAAAAGCUCGGAGAACCAAGCACCGUACGAUCCUGGGGCUUCUUUUUCCCCGAGAAAGAGACCGUCGCUCGAGAAUUUGAAGCGCGCGUCGCGCGUCAAGAACAGUAGCAUGUUUCGUGAUUAUCAGGAGUAUGAUCCUGCCAGUGUUUACGUUCCACAACGACCUUUAGCCACUGGCCGUUCUUCCCCUCAGAGGCAAGCCCAGGGGAUUACAUCGCCACGAUCUUCCAACAUUCAGGACGGGAGUCAAAUCGGUUCGCGCCCCCCUUCACCUAGCAAGGACCAGGUCCCUCCUGCGAAGUCUUCUUUGUCUCGCGCAAGUCGGUAUGGCACCAGCAACGCCUUCGAUCCGGAAAACGAGAUAUGGUCUGAUAUUGACGGUACCCGUUACACUAAAAGUGUUACGUUUGACGCCGCUCCGCCUCAAGUGAAUGAAUAUGAAAUGACGACACCCGAUCCAUCGUCUGUGGCGUCGGAAUCUCGCGAUGGAAGUUAUGAUUCAGAAGAGGACGAAUGCGAUAUCAGCUUUGAUAUGGAAUCUUCUUUGGACCGUGAUGAUAGUUUUGAUGCCUCCUUGGAGGACCUUGAAAAGACUCCCGUCGUCCUUCCUGAAGAUUGGCGCUAUAUGAGCUCAGACACUGUCAAUGGUGAGGGGGCGAAAGAAGACGAGCAUUCGUUCAUUAGUGAUGGGAGCUGUAGCCCGGAGCCCACACAGGAACCUCAAAGAAGACAUUCCAGGGUGGAAUCGCAGGAUUCGGAUAGUGAACGACGCCCGCUGCCACCCCUUCCGGCCAUAAAUGGACUUUCUUUCUCUGCACGCACACCAUCUCCGGACAAGUUGUCGGCAGCAUUUGAGCUUGGAAGUGGUAGCCAGCGGGUUCUGCCAUCACCCCCAGCUCCGGCAUCUUACAGCAAGUCGGACAUUGCAGAGCUUGGACAGAGUUCUAUGUCCUUGGAAGACCGGUUGCGUUUGAUGAUGAUCGCCGAGCGCGAACAUGAUGAUACCCGCACGCUUGAAAAGGAUGGCGGGGAAGAACUUAACUUGCCACAGGAUAAAGACGAGAGUAUCGCUGAGACGCAAGCCGAGGAGAAGGACUCUCUGGAUAGUCGAACUCCGAGCCAGCCGACAGGUGAUGGGUCGGACGCCUUCUCACCUCCACGUAUUUCCAGAGAUUCCAUCCUGCGAGAUAUUCGUAAGAGCGAGAGCUACUUGGACGACUCCUAUGAGCACUCGUCCCAGGGAAGCGAAAGCCCUCACGACUAUAUGCAUUAUGACCCUGACGUCCCUAUCCCAUCCCUGGAACAUGAUAAUGACAAUGAAUAUGAAGACGACGAUGAUGACACAAACAGCGUUGUGAUCAAGGAAGAGCACGAAGAUGAUCAUGAUAACCUUUACGAUAUACCCGAUUUUUACGAAAAUAUUCCUUCCAACGAUUCCUCUUUCAAAAAUUUGACGGGUUCGCAUGAUGACGAUGAUGGCCCUCAAUAUGCUAGCCACUCCAUUGAGAAAGCCCCCAGAACCAGCAACUCAUCUUUCGGUUCUGAAGCGACGCCAGUUCCUGGUGACAAACCUGCGGCUUUAGCUGCCAAACCGGCUGACAAUGCCCCUCCUGAAGGCUCCCAGCAUGACGAAAUUGAACUGAAAAUGGCCGCCAUUUCGGAGUCCCUGCGUCGCCCCGUAACACCAGAGAAUCAAGAGGAAACACCCUCUCCAUCAACUCCAGACUCGGUUAUUCGGCACCCAAUCGAUAGCGAUGUCAGCGACCUGGAGAUGUCGGCGGAUGAGAGCAUUCCUGAUCCUAUUGCGACUAUCAAGGCCCCUGGAACGGGCCUGAAGACACGCCCGUCUCUAACCCCGGCAGAUAUCGAAUCGAUGGCGGCCACUCGCCGCAAAAUCAGCGGCCAGUACCCUCCCCCGACCCCAGCGCUAACCACCACGAACUCUGAAGAUGCCGAAGAUCCUACCCCGGGAGACCAACCCGAGUCAAAGUCAUCAAAGGACACCCAGCGAAAGAGCAGUUUUAUGAAGCUUGAUAUCCCCUUCAGUAUUCAGGAAGACAGCCUUGGCUUUGGCUUGGAUAAAGAAUUUGAUCGAGUUAUCGAGUCCCAAAAGGUUGCGUUUGACCUAGCCCUUUCCCAGCUGUAUUCCUCAAUGGCCCCUUGCCCCCAAUCCCUGGAUCCCCCUCAAGACCCAGCGGGAGUCCGUCAGAAUCCCCAGCCAGAUGCUAACCACCGAGUUCCUAAACAGAGAGGCUAUCUCAUGAGACAUAACACGAAAUUCAUUGUUGCCAGUAGCCACCCUGAGGAGGAACCCGCCCCUGCCUCAACAACCGGCGAGCCCUCUGCUGACCCACGUACCGCGAAGUCCGCUGGUCCAUCACCCCGUAAGGCAAGUCAACAAACCUGGACUACUGUCCCGUGGAACGGGAAAACCCGACGAGCCAGUAUACGCACGUCGUCCAGUGCAAUUCGUAAGAAGCCUGUUCCUGGCCCCGUUCCUCCUCUGCCCGGUCAGCAGAGUAACGCCCAGGAACCCCCGACGCCAAUUGAAGAGGUCGACCCCGCACUCAAUGGUGCCUUUGAGGAGGGCGAAGAAAGGGGUAGGCUCUUCGUCAAGGUUGUUGGAAUGAAGUAUCUGGACUUGCCCCUUCCCCGAGGUGAGAGAUCUUACUUCGCCCUCACGUUGGACAACGGUCUGCAUUGUGUGACGACCGCUUGGCUAGAGUUGGGGAAGACCGCUCCCAUCGGACAGGAGUUUGAGCUCAUCGUACAAAACGACCUCGAAUUCCAGCUCACCCUUCAAAUGAAGGUAGAUGAGGAUAAGUUCAAGGUCGCAGAACCAACUCCGUCGGCGUCCCCUGCGCGACCAAAGCAGUCCACUUUCAGCAGAGUCUUUGCGUCCCCACGUAAGCGCAAGGAACUUGACAUGAAACAACAACUUGCAUCCCAACAGCAGAAGAAGCAAGAUGUCAAUGCACCAGUCUGGGACCGCCUCCGAACUCUCGUUGCCCGCGAUGGUAGCUUUGCACGAGCAUAUGUGGCCCUUAGUGACCACGAGAAACACGCAUACGGCCGUCCAUACACCGUGGAUAUCGCUUGUUUUAACGAGUGGGCAGUUGAUGAGCAACCAAGCAGCGUGAAGAGCAAGAAGAGCACUUCCAGUGCUUUGUCCCAGCGGCGCCCUCCUUACAAGAUCGGUAAACUGGAGUUACAGUUGCUGUUUGUCCCCAAGCCCAAGGGGGCUAAGGAUGACGAUAUGCCUAAGAGCAUGAAUGCCUGCAUUCGCGAGAUGCGGGAAGCUGAAAAUGCGUCCUCCCGCAGCUGGGAAGGUUUCCUCUCUCAGCAAGGUGGCGAUUGUCCGUAUUGGCGCCGUCGCUUUUUCAAGCUGCAGGGAUCCAAGUUAACAGCUUAUCAUGAGACCACGCGUCAACCCCGUGCAACCAUCAAUUUGUCCAAGGCAGCCAAACUCAUAGAUGAUCGAAGCACCCUGACCCAAAAAGAAACGACAACCAGGGGCGGUAAGCGCCGUAAGUCCGGCUUUGCUGAAGAAGAAGAGGGAUAUAUGUUUGUGGAAGAAGGUUUCCGUAUCCGCUUCGGCAACGGUGAGGUGAUUGAUUUCUAUGCCGACAGCGCAGCAGACAAGGAGGGAUGGAUGCAGGUCCUUGCAGAAACUGUUGGCAAGGGAACCGUCGGAAACAGCCAAGUCAAGCCUUGGACCGAGCUUGUGCUAAAGCGAGAACGAAGCACGAAGUCGCGGAGGGAGACCACAGAUCGGGUUGCCAAUACCGGACUCGCUCCUCCGCCGCCUGUCAAAAAAGACGCUCCCCCAACGACGCCGGCGCCGGCACCAGCAACAAACGCAGCCCAACAACGACCGAGGCACAAACACACCCAGUCCCAACCUGAAGUUCGCAGUCCAGAAGCUCGGCGACAAAAGGCACGUUCUUUGAUCUUCUAA